GCGUCGCGAGCUGUCAAGCUGUCGGCCCUGAAUUGUCCGAGGGAGAGCUAGCGGAGCCUUUAAUCAGCCGGCGCAGCUGAUCGCUUAAAUGACUCGGCGUGGCGGCCGUUGAGCGCGUUGACGAGUACCCGUGUUGUUAUCGAAACCGCUGGUUUCAGGACUGCCAAGAACCCGUUCAGGCGAUUCGAGCAAAACAUGUCGUCCUCGGGCGAUUUCGGCAACCCGUUGCGCAAGUUCAAGCUCGUCUUCCUGGGCGAGCAGAGCGUCGGGAAGACAUCACUUAUUACACGGUUUAUGUAUGACAGCUUUGACAACACAUACCAGGCUACGAUAGGUAUAGACUUUUUAAGCAAAACCAUGUAUCUCGAGGACAGAACCGUGAGACUACAGCUGUGGGACACAGCGGGGCAGGAGCGGUUCCGCUCUCUGAUACCCAGUUAUAUCAGAGACUCUACAGUCGCGGUCGUUGUUUACGAUAUUACCAACGCCAACUCGUUUCACCAAACAUCCAAGUGGAUAGACGAUGUGCGGACUGAAAGAGGAAGUGAUGUGAUAAUUAUGCUAGUGGGCAAUAAAACAGAUUUGAGUGAUAAGAGGCAAGUUUCGACGGAGGAGGGCGAGCGAAAAGCGAAGGAGCUAAAUGUGAUGUUCAUCGAAACUAGUGCUAAGGCUGGCUACAAUGUUAAACAGCUGUUUAGAAGAGUGGCGGCGGCCCUGCCGGGUAUGGACUCCACCGAAAACAAGCCCCCCGAAGACACUGUCGACUUGCAGAAUCAAUCACCGAUGCAGAAUGGCUCCGAGUCGGAGGGCGAAAGCGGCUGCAUCUGCUAGGGAGGUUCGCCAUCGGUACCCCAAGAGAAAGCGAACAGAAAGAGAGAAUUGCAGUCAAUCUCCCGACACGAAUCACCAUACCGUUGCGAGACGCUGCUGGCUUCUUCUGACGUCGUUAAGGGAACAGGGACCGUUCGUCGCCGAUCUCGGGCCCUAAGUAUCGUUUCAAGUGCUACUAGACGAACUCGAGCGAUAUCUAAUACUAGCUACUUGUGUUGUUUUCGGGCCGGCUUCGUGCGAAUAAAAAAAGAGAUCGCGCCCUCCGUCAGGGGGUAUUUCCAUGUUUAAGCUUGAAACGAUGGUAGCUGUGAAAUCCACGUCAAGUCCUCUGCCCUUUCGAGCCCUCUUGAGGGAGUUAAUCCUUUCGCGACUAAUAUUUUACGAAGGAAGAAAAUGUCUUUCGCUAAAACGAAAUUAUGAAACAAGAUUAUAUGUGUCUUAUAUUAAUCAAUAAUUCCCAGAAAGAGUUUUAGUUGUAAUCAUAACACAUUUAUAUAAUUGUUUAAUAUAUUCUUUAAUAUAUGCAUUUUGUUGUAUUUUAUCAGAGAGCGUUAAAAUUAAACAUUCAAGUAUUGAUUUGUAGAACUAGUUAUAACAAUAAUUAUAUUAACAUUAUCAUAGAUUAUUUAUUAUUACUGAUUAUUAAAAAUAUAUUAUUAAAUACGUUGAACAUUAUUAAUAACAUAAAAUUUAUUACUGUGAUAUUGAAAACGUAUAGAUUGCAGUGCGAAAGGAUUAAGGGGACAAAUUUUAUUAUAGUAGUGUUUCUCUCUCUUGAUCGCAACCACUUUUCAAGCAGUAUCUCUUGGCUUCUGAUGAAUCUUACAUAUCACCAUAUUUACGAGGAGUGUUUUCUAAUUCAAGAACCCUUUAUCUACAGCGGUGAUUUAAGAUUUUAAAUUAUACUUGGACUUUCGGAUGUGAUAGAACAUUCAAUUAAUAUCAAUUUUUUACGUUAUAUUUAUUUUAGAUUGUAAUAUAUAUAUAUUUUUUUCUUAAAUUUAAAUCGAGUCCUAAAUCUGACUAAUCUAAAAAUUAAUUUUAUUAGUGAAGAGAAUAGACAAUGCGGUAAUUUAAAAUGCUUUGCAUACUUUUUCUUGCAACAAUAAAUUUUGGAGUAGCGCAGGAUAAUGUCUUUUGAGUGGCAAAGCUUUUCGAUGAUCAUUUCGGAAAAAAUCUCAAGGGCAUUAAUCGAUUAAUGAUUUAUCGAUCGCCGUACGAAAAGGGUUAAUUAUCGUUUGGCCUGCGGUUAGUGGAGAUCACUGCUACAUCCUUCCAAGUUUAAGCACACACUGUCUCUUCGCUCGGAGAUCCUGUAUGUAACUAAACGCGCACAAGCACCGAAGCUUGCGGAAGGGUAGUUCGAUCGUGUGAGGGAACGCGAAAGAAGAAGAGAAAAAAAAACGGAAAAGGACGCACGUGACUGAAAGUAAUCAUCAUCCACGGUGGAGUUAAUUAAUUAAGUCGCUACUAAGCUAAUUACGAUGAGUUUGCGAGUUUCUCAAAGACAGCACGUUUACCGGCGAGGUGUUGUACGUUCGAGGAUAUUUCUAAUGUACCAUGUAUUACGAAUCUUUAUAGACGUUUUUCGAUAUCUCUUGAUAAUAAGCGACUCUACUUGAUAACGAGACUCAAGUCUGUAGCCCGACGGAGGACAUGCAAGUACGCACAAACGACCAAACUCACUCACGGUGGUGUUUUUUCUUAUUGCAAGCAAUUGCCUUCUGAACUGUUCUUGUGAUAUCCUAAAUAUCGAAUGGCAACUAUCCAGUUUCGGAAAUAUUACAUACACGUGACAGUCGUAAACCGUGUCAAAGAGUGUCGGGAAAGUUAUUAGUUCACGAUAGAUUUGACAGUUACAUGGGUAAUUAAACGGAGAUUCUUAAAUAAUUAAUUUAAUUACACUUAAAGAGAGAGCUGAAACUAAUCGAUUAGUUUAGACGCAACUCAAUUCGAGAUUUAAGGCAUUACUUAAUGUAAAGUAUAUAUAUGUAAAUACGAAUUAUAUUUAAAUUAGGUUUUCAAUGAACUUUACUUACUUUGGUAACUUCUGAAAUUAUUUAGUUAAAUUGAGAGUACUUAUGAUGUUUGGCCGUUUGUACAAAGAAAGAGAUACCUACGUUACGCCAAACACCCGUCGAAUGUUUCUCUAGAAGAUGAUUAAUCGAGGCUUGUCGGGAAAAUAAAUCAAUUAUUAGCCGUGCUUGACGCAAAAUCUCUACAAGCCCUAGCAACGUCUCUAGCCCUUUGCACUCGAAUAUCGUUUCAUCUUUGUGGAUAGAUUGCAUAUUAUUAUUUUUUCAUACGUUAUAUAUUUUUUAUUUUUAGAGCUUCAUCAACUAAACUUCAACUAAAUUCAAUAAAGUUUUACGUUUACGGUCUUUGCCUUAAGAUACAUGUAUACACACUUUAAUGAAAGAAAAUUUUAUGUUAAUGUAAAAAACUUAUAAUUAAAGUUCAUGAAAGAAAUUAAUCAAUUAUGUGUGUGACUCUUUUUCUUGAAAAACUUCCGGAUGAGUGCGAAGGGAUGGAUGCUGAAUCUGUUUCUCUAGUCAGUCCCAGUAUAUAACGUGUCGUGUAGCGUUAAUUCGACAGUGUCGCACAGCAAUAUUGAGUAUGUACUGCGAGAUGAUUUUUUUCGAGCACUUUUAUAAAGCAGCGCGUUCGAGGGCGGAUCGAGCAGGUCUUACAAGUGAAUUUUAGAGAAAAAUGUAAAGAGGCUAAUUACUUUCACGCGAAGCUUCAUCAUGUGUAUGUUAAAUUUGUAUGUUACUGUGAUAUUGAUUUCUUAGCACAAAUAUAACAUACUGACCCAA